AUGACAAGCAACCCAGAAAACAGUAAGAACUCAACUGUAUGCAAGAAACCCAGCACCCUAACAAAGCAACCACAAUCUUCCACAACCCAAAAUGAUAUUAAACAACUCCAAAAUCCAAUAAUUCCAUACCAAGAAGCUUUACCUACCCAUCAGACAAGAAAACACAUUUAA